GCAUCCGAUCCUACUCACCACCGCAGCUCAGCUCGUCGGAGAAGAAGAGCCAGUGAGACGCCGAUGGUUACGCGUGUGCUAGUGGCUGAGCACUAGCGGCGGCGGAGGCGACGGCAGCAUCACCCACGGCGACACAUGUUGAGUGAACAAACGGCGGCUAGUGGUAGCAGCAGCAGCAGCAGCAGCCGCGGCGCCGAAGGGGACAUCGUCGUCAGCACCGGCCGGGAGAUCGUCGUCAGCAGCGGCGGCGAGGAGAGGGAGAGGGAGAGGGAGAGGGAGGAGCGUCAGGAGGAGGUGGUGGUGGAGGAGGAGCCGGAGUUCAGGGACAUCCACGCGCUGAGCCCGCCGCCGACGCCGACGCCGAGCCAGCCGUCGUCGUACCACCGACGGAGGAGGGAGUCGUGGGAGUCCGCGGCGGGGAGCAGGCACACGUCGAUCCGCUCCGUCGGGAGCGAGACCGCCCCCAGUGAGCUCUUCCCUACUAUGAGCAGGGAGUUCUCGGCCAUGGUCGCCGCAGCAGCCAGUGCCAACGCCGCCGCCGCCGCCGCCUCCGCAGCCGCGAACGGCGGCGACUCCAGCCGCACCGUGGACGACGCGCUGGGGAGGAUCGGGGAGGACGAGCUGGAGGAGACGAACCCGCUCGCCAUCGUGCCGGACAGCAACCCCAUCCCGUCGCCGCGCCGCGCCCAGCUCGCGCUCCCCGCCCCCGGGGACGCCGCUGCGGCGUCCGGCGGCGGCCACGGCGAUGAGGUGUCGGUGGGGCAGGUGAAGAAGGAGGAGGUGGAGUCCAAGAUCGCCGCGUGGCAGAUCGCCGAGGUCGCCAAGGUCAACAACCGCUUCAAGCGCGAGGAGGUCGUCAUCAAUGGCUGGGAGGGCGACCAGGUCGAGAAGGCCAACGCCUGGCUCAAGAAGUACGAGAGGAAGCUGGAGGAGAAGAGGGCGAAGGCGAUGGAGAAGGCGCAGAACGAGGUGGCGAAGGCGCGGCAGAAGGCGGAGGAGAAGCGGGCGUCGGCGGAGGCCAAGAGGGGCACCAAGGUGGCGCGCGUGCUGGAGCUCGCCAACUUCAUGAGGGCCGUGGGCAGGGCGCCGUCCAAGCGCUCCUUCUUCUGAGCCCACCUCACCCUUGCUCCUCCUCCUCUUCUUCCUCCUCCUCCUCUCCCUGCUUUGCUCGCCGUCGCCGUCGUCGUCGCCGGCGGCGGCGGCUGAUCGUUCACCGCUUCGCUUCACAGGGAUCAGUGCUGUGAUGGUUGCUGUGUGGAACUCUCGUUUUAGUGCUGUAUCCACAUGUAUGAUGUAUUCGUCAUCAUCAAAUUUCCAUCUUUUUUUUUUCUCUUUUCUUUCUUUGUGUUUGAUAAGGUAUUGCAAAUGGUUGAAGGGACAGACAGAGCAAGUAUAUAGCAUAAGAUGGAUGGUGCUCUGCCCCAAGAGCUUAUGGGAGGGGACAAGAGCUGCCUGUAAUUUGUCUUUUUUUUUGGUCAUCAUCAAGGAUUGUGUAUGUCAAUAUGAACAAGAUAUGAAGCUACUACCGUUUUGUGUAAA